GGUCAUAGAGCUCCUCAGGGGCGGGGAGUCACCAGCCUUUCCGGCUGGAAAGUUACCUACGCGUGGCAGGACUGUGUUCCCCGCCCAUAAGGUUUCUACUCAAGGCAGGGUUGUGUAGUCAGUGCGAGCUGGUCUUUCCCGCCGGGAUGAGCCUGCCUGCAAACCAACUCAAGCUGCCCAGCCAGGUGUCUCCACCCGCAAACCAGAUCAAGGAACACAGCCACGAGUCUCAGGCCGGAAACUAACUCAAAGAGCACAGCCAGGAGUCCCAGACCCUGUGCCCUGACCCGCACCUCGUUGUGGAGCUAAAUGUCGGGGGGCAGCUCUAUACCACCACCAUGGGCACCCUGAUGAAACACCCAGGCUCAAAGUUUCCAGAGAUCUUAUCUAGGUCAGCCAGACACCACAGAGACGCCCAGGGCCGCUUCUUCAUCGAUCGUCCUGGCACCUACUUUGGGCUCCUCUUGGACUACCUACGCACUGGGCAGGUGCCCAAGGAGUAUGUUCCUGAGGUAUACCAUGAGGCUAAGUUCUACCAAAUCCAUCUUCUGGUCAAGGCUUUGGAGGACACGCCACAGAUCUUUGGUGAGCAAGUGGCUCGGAUGCAGUUCUUGAUGGGCGUGCCGAACUACAGAGAGAACCUGGCGGUCCUGCUGCAUCUGGCUCGGGCAGAGGCCGUGGCGAUGCGCUCAUCCAAGGUCAUGGUGUGUGUGGUGCGCGCAGAGGAGGAAGAUGCGAAAUGCGUGGAGCCAUUGCAUAUCUUGGAGGCCCAAAAGACACCAGUUGUCAAGUUUGGGCCCUGGAAGGUAGGCCCUGUGGCGGAGGACUUCGUGUACUGCCUGGAGAAGGACAUCAGAGCCCAGGGGUAUCGGGUGUCCUCUCAUAGGUACCUGAAUAAGGAUCCCUACACACACUUCUGGGUGUUUAACUUCACCUGGUGGUGAUCCCCGGGCAUAGGGGCUGUGGUGGGACUUGUGAAGUCAGUUGCCAGCAAACAUCUGUGUUCUACAGCUAAGCCUGUAGUCCCGGCACUUGGGAGGCCGAGACGGUAAGACUGUCAUUGAGUUCAAGGCCAGCCUUAGGUAUAGACUGAAACCCUAGUGAAGUGGUCCAGGAGAGGUCAGGCUACCCUGACUCCGCACCUGCUCCCCUCUGGAGCCACAUUCUGCCUGACAGAACAAAGCAGGGGUUCUCCCAUCUUUUGGGAAAUGAAGCCUGUAAAAUGCUUAACAGAUCGAAGGGUUCCUCCUUCCUUGCUGGGAUUAAAUAACCCCACUGUAAAAACUCCCCUAGCCUGGAGCUAGUGCAAUGUGAUUGUGUUUUUUGUCUUUAUAAACUCUGUAAUUCUUAACUUAGCAAGUUCUUUGAGUCUGACAUAAGUCACCAAAUUAAAUAAAAGGACUCUUA